AUGACAAAUGAAGCCAAACUGGAUUAUGCUUACAGAAAACUGAAGACAUCAUAUGUUUACAUGGAGAAUCUCCUGUCAGCCGUAGACUACAUACGGGCACUGAACAAUCGCGUGCUAGCAGGUAUUGCUGAUCAAGUCGAGAAUGAUUGGCUCAACGAUAAUGUCAGUGUUUAUGAUGCAAAAAUUGGUGUCCACCUCGUGGAUGAUCAGCUGUAUGUACCACUCGGUGCACUACAGCCCCCGGUGUAUCACCACAAUUUACCGCCGGCUUUGAACUUUGCCGGUUUCGGGUCGAUGAUUGGUAGUGCUGUGGCUCGUCUUCUGGGUGAAAUGGGUAUAUCGCUGGAUCUGGAUGCUGCCACAUCACAGGUUAUUGAUGAUUCAACUGGAUUGAUGAUUUCUCAACGUGCCCUGGAACAAUGGACAAAUGUGGAGGAAAAUUCACAGGUGGAUACUUUGCUGCCAGGAGAAUACAUGAACAAACAGAAGCUUUUCUACACGUCGUACGCACAA